GACUGUAUCGGCCCCGGUUGUGUUCGGGUUUAGGGGGACAUCGGACCGGGACCUGGCGGGGCCUAGGGGGGCUCCGGAUAAGAAUGGCUGCGCAAGCCGCAGAGAAAAUCCCAAACAAGAAGAAAACCGAGAAGAAAUUAGCUGCAAGGGAAGAAGCCAAACUGCUUGCGAGUUUUAUGGGAGUGAUGAACAUCAUGCGCAAGCAGAAAACCUUGUGUGAUGUUGUUCUUAUGGUGCAAGAUCGAAAAAUCCCAGCACACCGCGUAGUGUUGGCAGCUGCAAGUCACUUUUUUAACCUUAUGUUUACCACCAACAUGAUUGAAUCGAAGUCCUUUGAGGUGGAGCUGAAGGAUGCAGAACCUGACAUCAUAGAACAGCUUGUGGAGUUUGCAUACACUGCAAGAAUUUCUGUAAAUAGCAACAAUGUCCAGUCUUUAUUAGACGCAGCAAAUCAGUACCAGAUCGAGCCGGUGAAAAGAAUGUGCGUGGAGUUCUUAAAAGAACAAGUGGAUGCCUCGAACUGCUUAGGUAUCAGUGUCCUAGCAGAAUGUCUUGACUGUCCAGAGCUGAAGUCCACCGCAGAUGAUUUUAUUCACCAACAUUUCACUGAAGUUUACAAAACGGAUGAGUUUUUGCAAUUGGAUGUGAAACGAGUUACCCACCUUCUAAAUCAGGAUACUUUGACUGUUCGUGCUGAAGACCAGGUUUAUGAUGCGGCUGUGAGAUGGUUAAAAUACGAUGAACCAAACAGGCAACCGUAUAUGGUGGAUAUUCUUGCAAAAGUCAGGUUUCCUCUCAUUUCUAAAAAUUUUCUGAGUAAAACGGUGCAAGCAGAGCCUCUCAUACAGGACAACCCAGAGUGCCUUAAGAUGGUUAUCAGUGGGAUGCGUUAUCACCUAUUAUCCCCUGAAGACAGAGAAGAACUAGCAGAAGGGACCAGACCUCGAAGAAAGAAGCACGAUUAUCGGAUUGCGUUAUUUGGGGGCUCGCAGCCUCAGUCCUGUCGAUACUUUAAUCCUAAAGAUUAUAAUUGGUCUGAUAUCAGAUGUCCCUUUGAGAAACGGCGGGAUGCAGCAUGUGUGUUUUGGGACAAUGUUGUCUAUAUCUUGGGUGGUUCUCAGCUGUUUCCUAUAAAGAGAAUGGACUGCUACAAUGUUGUGAAAGAUUCAUGGUAUUCGAAACUGGGGCCUCCGACUCCUAGAGACAGCCUUGCUGCGUGUGCUGCUGAAGGCAAGAUCUACACAUCAGGAGGCUCAGAAGUGGGGAAUUCUGCUUUGUACUUGUUUGAAUGCUAUGACACCAGGACUGAAAGUUGGCACACAAAGCCCAGCAUGCUUACCCAGCGUUGCAGUCAUGGAAUGGUGGAGGCCAAUGGGCUGAUCUAUGUCUGUGGAGGCAGCUUAGGAAACAAUGUGUCUGGGAGGGUGCUGAACUGCUGUGAAGUCUAUGACCCAACUACAGAAACGUGGACAGAACUCUGCCCAAUGAUUGAAGCUCGUAAAAACCACGGACUGGUGUUUGUUAAAGACAAAAUAUUUGCAAUUGGUGGACAGAAUGGAUUGGGUGGCCUAGACAGCGUUGAGUACUAUGAUAUAAAACUCAAUGAAUGGAAGAUGGUGUCCCCCAUGCCUUGGAAAGGGGUCACUGUGAAGUGUGCAGCGGUGGGGUCCAUCAUUUAUGUUCUGGCCGGAUUUCAGGGAGUGGGCCGUUUGGGACAUAUUCUUGAAUACAAUACGGAGACAGAUAAAUGGAUUGCCAAUUCUAAAGUCCGAGCCUUUCCUGUGACCAGCUGUCUGAUCUGUGUGGUGGACACUUGUGGGGCAAAUGAGGAGACUCUGGAAACUUGAAUAUCCGUGAUGUGUUGUCUGCACCUUGUAAAUGACUUAUGCUAUUUAUGAAACUAUAACUUUUAAGGUUCUUAUCUGAGGUAUUCAUUCUGUUGUUCAUUACGGAGUUCAUCAGAGAAGACCAUGGCGUAGACCUGUGGAUUGUGCUUCAUCACAUUCUAUUUUAUUUUUCUCUUGUCACUUGCAGGUGCAUUACAGUGGGCAGUAUACACUACAGUUUCUUUAGUAGAAAACCAGGUUGUGAUAUUACUUAAUAUAAACUGUUAAAGAGUUCCUGUCACAAAACAAUCUUUUCUAAACUAGCUCAGAUGAUAUUCCCUAACUACUCCUAACACCCCUCCCACCCUUUAAAAAGUUUUUUCCGAUCUUUAAAAAGCUCUGUUUCUUACCUGUGAUCUUGCUCACGUAGCGCAAGCCCCGGGCUGGAAAAAGUCUGCGUUCCCCAGUAGGCGCAAUGUCACUGAAGCCUGCUAGGAGACAACUUAUGCCCUCAGACUGUCCUGGCUGUAGUAGGAGAGUUCGGACUCAUGCCAGGCGAGCAUGAGUCCAAGCUCUAUAACAGACUUGUGGGUGGGACAUGUAGGGAGACCCCUAGUGGUCAUUUUUGAAAAUUAAAAUACACAUAGAAAUACAAAUUUUAUUUUUUAAUUUUUUUUAAAUACAUGAAAUUAGAAAGUUGUUAGGAAUACAGUAAUGUACAAAAUAUCAAAAGUUUUUUUUGAUGACAGGUACUCUUUAAAAGGUAGUAAACAUGGUGCACCUGCUUCAGUAUUUGUACCUGUCCUGGUGCCCUGAGAUGGACUUUUAAGUAUCUAGGAAGCUGUGUUGUCUGUUUGUUUACAGAUUGUUACAGUUCCUUUUUUAUGUUUCCAUUUCUGUUAUUUUUAAAUAUAAACAUCCAUUUCUCUGUUCUUC